UUCUUUAAAUGACAUGUCAUUGUAUUACUAAUGGAUAAAUAAGGGGAAAAAGUUUGAGGCAGGGGGACUCUCCCUCUGGAUGCAUCUUGUGUUCCCCAUCGGCAGAUGGAAGAUUUGGCCCCCGGAAGGCUGCCGCUGUGCCACUCGAGAACCACACUCAGCUUUGGAACCGUGACAAAGGGGAGUUGCAAGGGCAGUGUCAGUGUGCAGAGCCUCCUGGCCGUGCCUCCACCUAGGGGCCAGACAUGCCGGCCAUUUCUGGGAGCUGCAUGGAGCCAGGGCAGUCAGGGAACCUGCCUUAACCCCACUGUGCCACCGACCGGUAGCUGCCUGAGAUGCUGCCAUCAAAAUGUGCUCUCGGCACUGGGCAAGACAAAACCAAGGCAAUCCCUCCCCAAAGAUCGAACAAUGUCAGAGACAGACAGAGAAGGCAGGAUGCAGGAACUUGAAACAACAUUAUUCUGUGGUUUCUUGUGAGCAUUGGGGAAGAAGUGUCUCUUGGAGGGACUUUUGCGUGGAGUGGGCGAUGGCUGGGGAGCUGUUCCUUGGUGAUGGAGUCAGAGGAGAUGAAUGGAGUGGUGAAGCUCGCCUUGGAGCAACAGAAGGGGUAAUGUGUCCCAAGUCCCAGAGCUGGAAUUGUCGAGUUGUAUAAUAUAUUAUUUUAUUGCUGGCAAUGGCCCUUUAAGGAAGAAUGAGACUGGUGUCACGGACCAUACCUGUUCAAACCAGAGCGAGCAUGUGAACCCUACCCACUGGCUUCCAGACUGGCACAGAAAGGAAACCUCUCCAAAUAGAUGAGGAAGUCUGAUUGGAACUCACUGAUUCACACCCACUCUGCUCACCUUGCCCUACGAGCCAAUCAGAAGAACUCAUGAACAGGCACAAGACUUUGGGGGCAUGUGUCACAGAAACAAGCCUGGCAAUUUGCAGACUGUCCCCUCUGACUCCCAUCUGGGGCUCCUGAGCAUUCAGUGCAAUAACCAUCCUUACACCCUGGCUCUCACACAGAUAAUUAGGCUUGCUGCAUUAUUUCUGACUGUGCGCUCUCUCUCUCUCUCUCUCUCUCGCUCUCUAUUGCUGGUCUGUGGCUCUAUUCAGCCCUCUGACUCAUGGGCUGGGACCUUUGCGCUCUCCGUAAUGCAUCACAAAGUGAUACGAAAUGAAGACACUUUCAUCAUCUCUGCAUCAGGGGGAAAAUUAUUGCCUGAGCACUGAGCAGUCCUGUUAUUGAUUUAAACCAUAGCCUCAGUCUCUCUGUAGGAGUGGCUGGUGAUGUCCUUCUGGGUCGUUGCAUUUAAUCGGAUUCCCUGAGCUGCCAGGCACAGGGGGAGAGUUAGAAUAAAAUCCGUCUACGAUGUUCACUUCAAAAUCCAACUCUGUCUCCCCUUCUCCGUCCAUGGAACAGGCAGACUCGGAUGUCUUGGAUAUCAGCACCAAAGUGCAGCUGUAUGGCGUGCUCUGGAAGAGACCCUUUGGGAGGCAGUCUGCCAAAUGGUCCAGGAGGUUCUUCAUCAUCAAGGAGAGUUUUCUGCUUUACUAUUCUGAGAGUGAAAAGAAGAGCUUUGAAAGCAAUAAGUACUUCAAUAUCCAUCCCAAGGGCGUCAUACCUCUGGCGGGCUGCAUCGUGGAAGCCAAAGAAGAGCCCAACAUGCCUUUUGCCAUGAAGAUCUCCCAUGAGGAUUUCCAUGGUAACAUUGUGCUGGCAGCAGAGUCAGAAUUUGAGCAGGCUCAGUGGCUGGAGAUGCUGCAGGAGUCUGGAAAAGUGACCUGGAAGAAUGCUCAACUGGGAGAAGCCAUGAUUGAGAGCCUGGAAGCUCAGGGGCUCCAGCUGGCCAAGGAGAAGCAGGAGUAUUUAGAUAAGCUGAUGGAAGAGACAGAGGAGCUGUGUCUGCAGAGGGAGCAAAAAGAGGAGCUGGAGCGUCUUAACCAGGUGCUAGAGGCAGAGAAGCAGCAGUUUGAAGAGGUGGUACAGGAGCUGCGGCUGGAGCAACAGCAGAUUAAACGGGAGCUGGAAGUGACAGCUCAGUCCCUCAAAGGAGUAGAGGAGGAGAAGAAGGAACUGCGAAGCCUGACAGAGUCCUUACAGAAAACACUGGAGGAGCUCUCCCGGGAAAAGCAGAGAACCCUGGAGAUGCUGGAGGAGAAUGAGAGCCAACUUCAGCCCCUGGCCAAUGCUAGCAAGCAGCCGAACCCCACCGGGGGUCUGCACAGCAACCUGCGCCAGAUUGAGGAGAAGAUGCACCAGCUGCUGGAGGAGAAAGUCUUGGCAGAGAGAAGGAUGAAGGAGAAGGAGGAGCGGUCCCGAGCCUUGGAGGAGGAGCGGGAGUUUUACUCAUCUCAGUCACAGGUGCUGCAGAACUCGCUCUCAGAACUGACUGCAGAGAAACAGCAGACAGAGAGAGACCUCAAGGCUGAGAUGAAGGUGCGUAUGGAUCUAGAGAAGAGACUGAGGGAGGCUGAGGAAGCCCUACAUAGCUUGGAGCAAGGCUUAAAUUCUCUGGAUCGCAACAAAGAGAAGGAGGAGAAAAUGAAAACAGAUGUCAGCAAUUUGAAAAAGUUCUUUGAGGAGUGUAUCCGGAAUGCCGAGCUGGAAGCCAAGAUGCCCGUGAUCAUGAAGAACUCCGUGUACCUCCACAAGGCUGCCACCCGCCGGAUAAAGAGCUGCCGGCUUCACCGCAGGAGGUCCAGCGCUUCAUGGAAUGACCUGAAACAGUCCCAGUCGUUCAUCUUCUCCCAGACAGAAGCCGAUAACAUAGAGGAGCUGAAGGAAGCAGCCAAGAGGCUGAGCCGGGACCAGCACUUCCGAGAAACCCUCUAUCAAAUCAUGAUGUCACAAAAAAAUUCUGCCUCAGGGGACGAAAAGUGAAUCCUCAUCUCCUCCCAUCAGGACGGGGCUUCUGAUCUCAGCUCGUUGUUCACCUCAUCAGAAGUUAAACCACUGGGGUCGGGGGGAGGAUUUGCUCCUUUGUGGGGAAAGGGGCAGGAUGGAUGCAUGCAACACCCUCCAGGGUUGUGGCUUUUAGUGUGCGUUCCUGAGCAGUGCCAAUCUCUCUUUCCCUAGACUGCAGGGAGGCUCUGACAUUCACCCCAAAGCACCUCCCUUUACUUCAGCUAUUUCCAUUAGGAUGUGUUCUGCCAAAAUCCCACAAUCAGUGUUCAAAUGAAUCGUACUCUUUAGCUUAGGGAGUGUCGGGUCAUUUCUUCACAGUCUAGUCACAGCCAAAUGUAGGUGCUGCUGAUAAACCCCUUUCUUAGCCUAAUGUCCAGCUGACACCACCCUUUCCCCGCCCCUGCCCUGCCCCCAUUCCAACCCCUUCCCCAAAUCCCCGCCCCGCCCCCGCUGCAUUCCCCCUCCUCCCCAUCCCUCCCAGCGCUUGCCGCAUGA